AUGAAAACUAGAUCUCCAAGACAGUGCAGAGAGCGAUAUAGGAACUAUCUGAACCCAAAUAUUGAGCAUUCUGAGUGGACAAAAGAAGAAGAUCAAAAAAUUCUUUAUCAUUACUCUCAAUUUGGUAAUCAAUGGAAGAAGAUUUCUGAAUUUCUACCAGGAAGAACUGGGAAUUCAAUCAGGAAUAGGUACCAUUCUCUUGUUAGACAACAUCAAAGAAUUGAGCAGUACAAGAUGAAGUCAAUCCCUCAACCACAGCCUCAAACACAAUCAUACCAAUCUAAUGAAUUACCCCCAGAACAAAAUAUUCAACUACCUCAAUUUAUGCAACAACUUUUUAUUCCUAUGGAUAAUAUUUUCUUUGAUCAGUCAUCAAAUACAAUUGUUGAGUGA